AGGUGAGAAGAAGUUUUUGGGCUAAGAGCAUGUAAUAACAAGAAACGGUCAUUGGUUCUACAGUAUACUAGGGCUAAAAAUGUCGUGUAAAACCAACAAAAGUGACUUGCCAUCCUAACCCUAAACCAACACCCCGUUUUCUUAUUCUGUUGGUGCUCGUUUCUUAUGCAACUAUAUAUCUUCUUGUGGACUUCUUUCUGUUGUAUUUAAUGAUAAAGAAUUCAUAGCUAGAUAGGUGUUCAACAUUGAAAGUACUGUUGGCCAUCGAUCCAUGGAGGAAUAUUCUUUGGCCGGUAAUUCAAGUGAUGAUGCAAAGAGUACUGCUUGCCCUAGAGGUCACUGGAGACCUGCUGAGGAUGACAAACUCAGGCAACUGGUUGAACAAUAUGGUGCACAAAACUGGAAUGAUAUUGCAGAGAAGCUCCAAGGAAGAUCAGGGAAGAGUUGCAGAUUGAGGUGGUUUAAUCAACUUGAUCCUAGAAUCAACAGGAGACCCUUCAGUGAAGAGGAAGAAGAGAGACUACUAGCAGCUCAUCAAGUUCAUGGAAACAAGUGGGCAUUAAUAGCCAGAGUAUUUCCAGGUCGAACGGAUAAUGCUGUGAAAAAUCAUUGGCAUGUAAUAAUGGCGAGAAAGCAAAGGGAACAAUCCAAGCUAUGUGGAAAGCGGAGAUAUCAAGAUAGUCUAAGUGACUCCAAUCCCCCCUCCAGUAGUUCGCAUGCAAGGAAAUCUAGGACUCAAGAGCUGUUCAGUUCGAGAAUUGGAUUUGAGGACUCUAGAGAGUGCGAAUUUCGAAACCCCAGUAAAGAUAGGACAUUCUCAAUAUCUCCUUCUAGUUCUUCACCUUCUUGGAAUUCCCCCCCAUCAACUUUAGCAGCUUCAAACAAUUGUUCUUUGGUGGAUUUAUCGAGAAGGAAAGGAAGAGAUAAUUACUUCAACUCAAGUUUAUUAUGCACCACCGAGAGCUCCAAAGUCUCCGAUCAAUCUAUUUAUAGAUACCAUAUGAAUUCUUCAGGGCGUAGCAGCAACUGGAGUUCCAGUAAAUUCGGGCUUCCAAACUAUAGAAGGGUUGUUCCAAGUCCAUUAGGAUACCUUAAACUUGGAGAUGAUUAUGGAAACCAUGGAAUGAUCAAGAAAGAGUUGUAUUGUCAUAAUUCAUCCACAUUAAAGAAUAUGAGAGCGACGAGUAACCAUCAAGAGCAACGAGAUCAUGAAUCUAUCAGACACAAGGAUGUUCCUUUUAUAGAUUUUCUUGGUGUGGGUAUAUCUUCUUGAUCACCCACAAAAACUCCAAUUAUAUUUUAUCACAUGCAUGAUAGUACUGUAGGGCUUACACUUUCUUUCGAUCCUGUGAAAAAUGUUGAUGGCAUGAAAAUUAAGUAACAGCCGUAUCGUAGCUUUCAUGUAAUUUAUACUUGGUAACAAUUCAUAUAUAUAUAUAUAUUGCAAGAUUCAAGCGUAAUAA